AUGUCUAUCAAAGUUGCAGCUGUACAGGCCGAGCCUGAAUGGAACAACCUCGAGGCUGGCGUCAACAAAACCAUCGCCUACAUCGAAGAUGCAGCAUCCAACGGAGCCAACGUCCUGGGCUUCCCUGAAGUCUUUAUCCCAGGCUAUCCUUGGAGCAUCUGGGCCAACUCACCGGUUGACAACGCCACGUUCAUGGACGAAUACUACCGCAACUCGCUGGUCAAGGACUCCGAGCAGAUGGAACGGAUCUGCGCUGCUGUUCGAGAGGCAGGCAUGUUUGUCGUGUUAGGAUAUAGCGAGCGGUACAGGGGGACUCUUUUUAUCUCGCAGUCCUUCAUCGAUCCUACCGGAACGAUCGUCCACCACCGCCGCAAGAUCAAACCGACCCACGUCGAACGCGCAUACUGGGGCGACGGGCAGGCCGACUCCCUGAAGACGGUGGUCUCGUCGCCGUUCGGGAACAUCGGCGGCCUGAACUGCUGGGAACAUACACAGCCCCUACUUCGGUACUACGAGUACGCGCAGGACGUGGAUAUCCAUGUAGCGAGCUGGCCGUUGAUCUGGGAUCAGCCUGCGCCUGAAAAACAAAUACCAUGGACGUACCAGAUCACGCCUGGGUUGAACGCGGGCCUGUCGCAAGUCAUGGCGUUCGAGGGGGCUUGUUUCGUGUUGGUCUGCACGCAGGUCCUGACUGAGAAGAACCGCGAGAAGUGCCGGCUGCAGGGCUUUGAGUAUGCCACGGGGGGUAGUGGCGGCUUCUCCAUGAUCUACGGACCUGACGGGACGCCCCUGGUUGAGAAACCGGAUGCAGGACAGGAAGUCAUCCUGUACGCUGAUGUCGAUCUGGCGGAUAAGGCGCGUGCGAAGCAUAAUCUCGAUCUCGUCGGUCACUAUUCUCGUCCGGACCUGCUCAGUCUGCGUGUUACCACGGAAGAGGGACGUCCUGUUCAUUAUAAGAACUAGGUAGCUGGCAAGUACUCACCUCUGGCUAUAGAUGGGAUCCUGGAAGAUAUCAAUAAACCGAAUGAAACC